CUUGUCAUCGUGGGGGGUCGGUCACAGGACGCUCUCCAUCGCGUAGUGGGUACACCUCGAAAUCACCUUUUGUCCAAAGGUUAUACCAUAGAGCUGGACACUAUCAGUUCAACUGAAACGGAGAACACCUAGAAGUGGCAAAAGUCUGGAAAAAGGAAGUCCAAUCUCAACGGGAUCUUGAUGAUGACUGAUUUCAUCGACGGCUAUCCAUCCAGUUACAAUUGUGAUGCAAAUGUUACGUACGAUACGUAUGCACCGAUCCCACGAGUUCCUGCCAUAGUGAAUUCCCUCACGGUCGAGUACGACUACGAAAUCCUUGUGGACAACUCCACUUACCAGUCUACGCAAGGAUUUUUGGAACAAGACUUGCCCGGAUUGGAAUGGGGCCUACUGUGGACCGUUUCGUAUGGGAUGGGACUGGUGGAUUGCCAGUUGGAACGCCUCGACCCAUCCACCUACCGACAGGACGGUCGUGGACUCCAGACUGUUCGAGGGACUUUCGUCAUAGGAGCCAGCAGCUUACCGAAAGAUAGUGUAGAUAGCAGUGUUGCUUCCUGCGAACACCUCGUGACGGAAUCCGGGUCUCGGUGCUUGCCCAUGUUGGGGGAGAUGGAAGUCUUCUAUGUUGGCGAUGAUCGCAAGGCUGUCGAGAACUACGUAGCCAGCAAAAUCGAGAACGACCUAAAUGAUCAACGGAGUCUCGUGACUCCAGUGCAAAAAACGCUCUACUUGGGCGACCGCAAUAAUUUUGUUGAGCCUCGUGCCACAAGCACAAGCGCAGUCAAUGACUCUUCUGGUCCUAGUACAGGUGCUGUUGCCGCGUCGAUUACCUCAGCCGCUGCUUUGCUAGUUGUACUCGCGAUACUGUUGGUGCGCUGUCGCAGGUCUCACGAGGCUUCUGCGACCAACCGCGACGAUACAGCUAAGAACUCGACAAGAAAGGAAGCUACCAAAAGAGGAGAUUUUCCCUCGCUGGCCGAGGCUUUGACGGCCAAGUCGGAAGAUGAAAUCCUUUUGGAAUCAAGCUUCGAUUCCGUUCGGCCAGAUGAGAGCGAAGUCGCUUCCGAACAACCGCAAAAUAUACUCAAGACCGCAAGCCCCAAAUCAGUCCCCUAUGGUUCUGCGGACCAGGAAGUGGCGAGUACUCCCGAAGCUAAAGCAACCGAAGACCACCAUGUUCAAAAUGAUGAUUCUGAUCUUGAGUCCGAGCAGGAAACGUCGUCCACGUUACCUCCAAUGCCACCAAACGCAGAAAAGACAUCCCUGGAACAAGACAAGGUACAAGUUAUUGGAGAACUGGAGAAUGUUGUAGACUUCUUGCCGCCUCUACCACCAGGCGCAUGCAAGGGUCAAGCUCCACAAGCCACAAAGAACCGAAGACGCAUGAAAAAGAAGAAAAAAGGUACAUUCGUACGGACCAACAGCCGCGAAUCGGUAAAUGAAAUGAUCGUAAUUCCGGAAGGAAACAAGGAUUCCGAUGACGAGUCCGAGUACUCUUGGACGUCCGAUGAGAACAGUUCCGGAAAGCAAUCACGCGAUCCUUCACCCACAAGAUCUCAAGCUUCCGCCGACUCCGAAGACAAUGGACCUUCGGAGUUCUAAGCCAGGAAUCAAAGGUUGCUUCCAU